AUGCUUCCACAAGAACAACAAUCCUCUGCAAACACGUCAUCAAAUUCUCAAAGUUAUACCUAUGAACAAUUUGAAAACCAACAACGAUCGAUCGAACAAGAAAUUAAACAAUUUCCACUGGUAGAUCCCGUUGCAACUCCGCUAACACUCUCCACUCUUGCUUAUAACAUCGGAGAUCAUGUGAUUCAGGAAAAGAUUGAACGAUCCUACUUGUUGAAAAAGUAUUCUCAUAUUAGAGGAAUCAGAGGAGAUGGUAAUUGUUUUAUUAGAGCUUUUGUGUUCGGGUUGUUGGAUUACUUGAUUCGGAAAAAGGAUAAGACUCUUACCCAACAAAUGAUUGAUAUUAUUGAUCAGCAUUAUAAAUACUUGAUUGAAGUAUUGAAUUAUCCGGAGCAUUGUUUGGAAGACUUUUAUGGCAUUACAAAGGAAGUUUUUGAAAAGGUGAGAGAUGGUGUGAUCCAUACCGUUGAAGGCUUGCUACAAAAUUACUUUUCCGAUAAGACUACUGAUCUCAUGAUGACUUCUCAAGCAAUUGUGUGCUUUAUGAGAUUUUUGUUGAGUGGACACAUUCAGAUGAACACAGAUGAUUAUCUACCAUUCUUUUUGGAUCAAUACGCCACAGCAAAAGAUUUUUGUCAUGCUGAGAUUGAGAUUAUGGAUCGAGAUUGUGAUAAUAUUCAUUUAACUGCCAUGACAAGCGCAUUUAAGGUUUGCAUUAGAGUUGAAGUUUUGGACGCUCAAUCAAGAGGAAGCGACAAGUUUGACGUUUUUGGAUAUACAAUUCCUGAUGGCUCUGACAAGGAACCAGUCGUACAUUUGCUAUUCAGACCUGGCCAUUACGAAAUUAUUUAUCCUAUUGAAAAUAAAUAG